CUAUUUUAAAUGUUUCAGGUAUAUGUUUCUAGGCAAUUAUCAUAUAGGGAAUUACAUAAGAAAGGUCUAACUUACAUUUGUCUUGCAGUUAGUUCGGAAAUACAGAUUGUCUUGCAGUUAGUUAGGAAAAUACAAGUUCCUCCCUUUUAUUUUAGAUGUAUAUUAUUGAUUGUCACGUGGGUACCUACCCCCACACUCUGGUUCGUCGCUCUACCACGCGCUGCUACUCGGUUUCACCAUCACAUCCCUCAUCUCGGUGGUUCUGAAGCAGCGCCAACUCAACAAACAAACCGCUUUUUAACCAAAAUUAUGAGGCUUUCUACACUUCGCCAUGCCUGCCGCAAUUUACCGAGCCUAUCCGUACCACAACCCCGUAUUGGAGUCAGGGUGUUCGGUUUGGCGGAUAACUCUGUACCGGUGUGUUCUACCAGCAACAGCCUGUUGCUUCUCCAGGCUGCUAGUUCCAGUAGCGGCACAAGCCCAGCGGAAACAGCGCUAAAGUUUGGAAAGCAACCAAAGAAAACUGGACCGGGCUAUGAAAAUACUAUCAGGGAGAAUGUUCAAAGGACCAAAGAGGAGAUGGAGGCUUUGCAGAGAAGCCACCCUUCACUUAUACCCACGCUAGCCAUAAUACAGGCAGGUGAGGAUGACCGUUUACUGGAGAUCAACAAAAAGAUGUCUGGAAAGGUUGGCCUGAAUCUUACUCAGAUCUGCUUGCCCAGAGAAUGCACUGAAGAUGAAAUUAUAGAGGAGGUGUUGAAGCUGAACCAGGACCCCAGGGUUCAUGGGGUGUACCUCCACCUCCCCCCUGUCUUCCUCACCGGCCGGGUGCUCAACACAGUCAACCCAGAGAAGGACAUCGAUGGCAUGUCUGACUUAAAUGUGGGGAGGCUGGCGCGAGGAGAUGUAAGCCAGAGCUUCACACCCCCCACUGCCAACGCGGUCAUGCAGCUGCUGGCCAGAAAUGAUGCCCCUUUGGAUGGGAAGACAGUGGUGGUAGUUGGGGGUGAAGGACCCCUUGGGAUAGCCCUGCAAUGCCUGCUACAAAGAGGUGGUAUGUUUGUCCACAACUGCCACAGAAACUCUGAAGGUUUAGAAAAGCAGGUGAUGCGAGCGGAUGCUGUGGUCCUGCUGGGGGCGGAGCGUAUGGAUAUCCCUCCCACCUGGCUAAGACCUGGUGCUUCAGUUAUCCACUGUGGCUCUGCUUUCCUGACAGAUGAAUGUGAAGUGGAUGCGUCGUCAUCCGGAGUGGGAGCCCUCACAGCCGUCCUUAGAAUGCAGAACGUGGUGCAGAGCAGCAGUCGCUGGGCCCAGCAGCAACAGUACCGGCCCUGGAUACUCCGCAGCCUCAAGCUGCAGCCCCUCUCGCCCGUACCCCGCGACAUAGAAAUCUCCCGCGCCCAGACCCCGAAGGCCAUUGACCAGCUGGCCCAGGAGAUAGGCCUGUUGCAGGAGGAGACCGAGGCCUACGGCAGGACCAAGGCCAAGGUCCGCCUUUCCCUCCUGGAUCGCCUCAGAGAACAGCCUGAUGGAAAAUACGUGUUGGUGGCUGGUAUCACUCCAACUCCCCUGGGAGAGGGAAAAAGCACGGUGACCAUCGGCCUGGUCCAGGCUCUCACCGCUCACCUCAAGCUCAACUCCUUUGCCUGCCUCAGACAGCCGUCUCAGGGACCGACCUUCGGGGUCAAAGGGGGCGCCGCGGGAGGAGGAUAUGCCCAGGUCAUCCCUAUGGAGGAGUUCAACCUCCAUUUGACAGGUGAUAUUCACGCCAUCAGUGCAGCCAAUAACCUGGUGGCGGCGGCCAUUGAUGCCCGGAUGCUGCACGAGGCCACCCAGACUGACAAGGCUCUCUACAGCAGACUGGUCCCUUCAGUGAAUGGAGUCAGGUGCUUCUCUCCCAUCCAGGUGGCCAGGUUGCGACGUUUGGGCAUCAAUGAGACUGACCCCAGUGCUCUCACGCCCCAGGAGGUCAGCUCCUUUGUCCGCCUUGACCUCGACCCUGCCAAGGUGACCUGGCAAAGAGUUGUUGAUACCAAUGAUCGUUUCUUGAGGAAGAUAACUGUGGGACAGGCCAACACUGAGAAGGGACACAUGCGGGAGACCCAGUUUGACAUAGCGGUCGCCAGUGAGAUAAUGGCUAUCCUGGCCCUGACGGAUGGACUGGGAGAUAUGAAAACCAGACUGGGACGCAUGGUGGUGGGCAGCAGCCGCAGUGGGCAGCCUGUCACAGCAGAGGACCUGGGUGUGAGUGGAGCGCUUGCUGUGUUGAUGAAGGAUGCCAUCAAGCCCACCCUGAUGCAGACCCUUGAGGGUACUCCAGUGUUUGUCCACGCCGGGCCAUUUGCCAACAUCGCCCAUGGCAACUCUUCAGUGCUGGCAGACAAGCUGGCGCUGAAGCUAGUUGGAGAGGACGGCUUUGUAGUUACUGAGGCUGGUUUUGGGGCCGAUAUCGGGAUGGAGAAGUUCUUCAACAUUAAGUGCAGGUCCUCAGGGUUGAGGCCCAACGUGGUGGUGCUAGUCGCUACAGUCCGAGCCCUGAAAAUGCAUGGAGGUGGUCCGAACGUCUCAGCUGGCUCACCUCUGCCAAAAGAAUACAUCAAUGAGAACCUGAGUCUGGUGGCUGGGGGCUGCAGCACCAACCUGAAGAAGCAGAUCGAGAUAGCCCACCUGUUUGGGGUCCCUGUGGUCGUGGCUCUCAACGUCUUCAAGACUGACACCCAAGCGGAGAUCGACCUGGUGUGCCGCAUCGCCAAAGAGUCUGGGGCGUCGGACGCCGUGCCGUGUCACCACUGGGCACUGGGUGGCCGUGGCUCAUUGGACCUAGCCCAGGCCGUGAAGCGAGCCAGCAAUCAGCCCAACCACUUCCAGUUUCUCUACAACCAAGAGACCCCCAUUGUGGAGAAGAUCAGGAUGAUAGCCCAGAAGGUGUAUGGGGCGGAUGACAUUAAAUUGUCGGUGGAGGCCCAGGCUAAAAUUGACUACUACAACCAGCAGGGUUAUGGGAAUCUCCCAAUCUGCAUGGCCAAGACCCACCUGUCCCUUUCGCACAUGCCUGAGUUGAAGGGCGUCCCCACCGGCUUCACCCUGCCAAUUAGAGAUGUUCGUGCCAGCGUCGGGGCGGGGUUUAUCUACCCAUUGGUGGGAACGAUGAGUACUAUGCCAGGCCUGCCCACGCGACCCUGUUUCUAUGACAUUGACCUUGACCCAGUUACAGAGGAGAUCAGUGGGCUCUUCUAAUCAUGCUCCAGAACCAUCACAAAGAUUCAGUGGAUGUUUUGCAGACUGAAGACUACCGACAGGGUCUACCGCACCACUGCGUGGCUGGUGUCACUCUUUUGCACAUCAAUGUAAUUUAUCCAAAUAAUCACCAUGCGGUCAUUUUAUCAAAUAGUGAACAUGCUGUAUUUUUUGUUUACCGUUGUCCUACUCCGUAGGCUCUGUGGAGUUUGUAUAAUUUUACCCAGCAGUUGUGGUAAAUCAUCACACACAUUGUGUGCUUAACAUCCCAGGUUGCCUCUUAAAUGUACGGGGAAAGAUGCAUUUAGUUACUUUUAACUAAUAGUGUUACUUUUUAGUUACUGUUAUUAAUGCUGAGUUUAAUUCUCUGUUUUAUGUCUUAACAUAUUUUUUUUCAGUCUUAAUGCAUUUGAGUGCUCAUGUAGCUUUUGAAUGUAAUUCAUAUUGUACGCACAAGUUGUUUUCAAUGUGAAUGUUGAAUGUUUUUUAACCCACUACAACCUCCUAAAUGUCACAGUGGCUGUAUUACCUUUUGAAACUUGUUUGUUUACUAUUUGUUGAGGUAUGCUUUUUACCUAAUGCCAUAUAAUUAUAUGGACUAUGGAGUAUUUUACAAGGUACUGUUUAGUACCAUAUAAGAGUGCCUUUAAAAUAAACUGCUUUAUUUACUCUAGAA